GGUGGAAAUAUUUUAACGUGGUGGAAAGAUCGUUCAAUAAUUUAUAAACAAUUGUCACGUUUAGCACUAUCAUUAUUAGCAAUUCCAGCCAGCUCAGCCACAGCUGAACGAAUAUUUAGUGAAACAGAAAGAAUAUUAGAGGCUCGAAGACAAUUAUUAAGUUCAGAAUCUGUUGAUUCUCUGAUAAAGUUAUAUAUAUGUAUUGUUUUAGCACGUUUGCGUUUUCGGGUACGGGUCGGGUACGGGUACAAUGUUGCGGGUACGGGUCUGGAUGACGAAUUAUCCAAUGAACAAUAA